CCUCCUCGCCUGGGCGGCUUUACUUUGCGGCAGGGCCAAGAGCCCCACCCCCUUUCUCUGCGGAAUCACCAUGGCGGCUGGGACCCUGUACACAUACCCUGAAAACUGGAGGGCCUUUAAAGCCCUCAUUGCCGCUCAGUACAGUGGGGCUCAGGUCCGCGUACUGUCCGCACCACCCCAUUUCCAUUUUGGCCAAACCAACCGCACCCCUGAAUUCCUGCGUAAAUUUCCCGCCGGCAAGGUUCCAGCCUUCGAGGGUGAUGACGGCUUCUGUGUGUUUGAGAGCAAUGCCAUUGCCUACUACGUCAGCAAUGAGGAGCUGCGGGGAAACAGCCCCGAGGCCGCUGCCCAGGUGGUCCAGUGGGUGAGCUUCGCGGACAGCGACAUCGUGCCCCCCGCCAGUACUUGGGUGUUCCCCACCCUGGGCAUCAUGCACCACAACAAGCAGGCCACCGAGAAUGCCAAGGAGGAGGUGAAGCGAAUUCUGGGGCUGCUAGAUGCUCACUUGAAGACCAGGACAUUCCUCGUAGGCGAACGUGUCACCCUGGCCGACAUCACAGUUGUCUGCACCCUGUUAUGGCUCUACAAACAGGUUCUGGAGCCCGCUUUCCGCCAGUCCUUCCCCAAUACCAACCGCUGGUUCCUCACCUGCAUUAACCAGCCCCAGUUCCGGGCUGUCCUGGGCGAGGUGAAGCUAUGUGAAAAGAUGGCCCAGUUCGACGCUAAGAAGUUUGCCGAGAGCCAGCCAAAGAAGGAAACCCCGCGGAAGGAGAAGGGCGAGAAGGGUGCUCGGGAGGAGAAACAGAAGUCCCAGGCGAAGGAGGAGAAAAAGGCAGCGGCCCCUGCUCCCGAGGAGGAGAUGGACGAGUGUGAACAGGCCUUGGCGGCCGAGCCGAAGGCCAAGGACCCUUUUGCUCACCUGCCCAAAAGUACCUUUGUGUUGGAUGAGUUUAAACGCAAGUACUCCAAUGAGGACACGCUGUCCGUGGCUCUGCCGUACUUCUGGGAGCACUUCGAUAAGGACGGCUGGUCCUUGUGGUUCUCCGAGUACCGCUUCCCCGAGGAGCUCACCCAGACCUUCAUGAGUUGCAACCUCAUCACUGGAAUGUUCCAGCGCCUGGACAAGCUGAGGAAGAAUGCCUUCGCCAGCGUCAUCCUCUUUGGAACCAACAACAGCAGCUCCAUUUCUGGCAUCUGGGUCUUCCGAGGCCAAGAGCUGGCCUUCCCGCUGAGCCCCGACUGGCAGGUGGACUAUGAGUCGUACACGUGGCGGAAGCUGGACCCGGGCAGCGAGGAGACCCAGACGCUGGUGCGAGAGUACUUUGCCUGGGAGGGGGCCUUCAAGCAUGUGGGCAAAGCCUUCAAUCAGGGCAAGAUCUUCAAGUGACCAUCUCUGGCCGCCGCCUAGCCGCCUGCCCUUCAGGGAGAAUGGGGUCAUUAAAGGAAACUGAACAUUGAA